CGGAAAACCUUCAUCACAGUGUCUCGUUGGUGACGUACCGGUGAAGCUUUUUGUUCUUGUGUAUCGUUUAGAGGUCGUUUCGCAAUAAGCUUUAAAAUGGCCCUUGGAACCUGAGAAGGUUCACAAACGUCGUUUAGACUACAGGUCUGUUUCAGCGAGGUAAUUUGGAAACUAUUUUAAAGAAACACACCAGUAAUAUGGAGGAUGCUGAUUUGUUUAUGGAGUGUGAGGAGGAGGAGCUGGAGCCAUGGCAACAGAUGAAUCAGAAUGAGCCAGAUGAUUCACUAGCCACUGUUGAAAGCAAGACCUCCACUGGAGGUGUUCCUGAAGUUGAGACCCCACCUGUGUCCACACCAGUUGUGAUUUCCAGCAUGCCGGCAUCCAGUAAUAAUGUGAACACUGUUCCCCUGCUCGCCAGUACAUUGCCUACCGCUAUGCCUGCUGGGAUACCUAAGGGUGCACCUGGUCAGCAGCUGAUUCUAACGCAGGGUGCAGGGGGACUGGCACCUGUGGCUUUGUCCCAGGUUAUCCUCCCCGGCACAUCACCUGCUUCCAGUGCUGCUGGUGGUCAGCCCAUCUACUUCACCACACAGAUGCAGGGGAUCCCUGUUCAGAAUAUCCAAUCAAGCCAGAGCCCAAUGGGCAUUGUGUUAAACGUCCAGCAGGGCCAAACUGUUCGACCCUUCACUCUGGUCCAAGCUGGGACACCUGGCAUUUUUAAACCAGGAGUAGGAGCAACUCAGAUAAUCACACAGCAAGCUCAGAUGAGGCCUACGACUCCAGUUGUGAAUCAGGCACAGGCACCCAGCUCCUUCACCGCUGUGCAGUUCCCAGCCACCCUUACCCUCCACAGCACUGUACCAACCAGCCAGCCCAGGGCCCAGCCUACACCUUCGACUGCAGGCCCCCAGCCUUCCACCCCUCCCAGGGUGCUCCCCGUUAACACAGCAACUCAAAUAGUGACAGUAAAGCCAGAAGGAAACCUAGAUGUUCAGAACAUGAUGAGCAUCGUGAAAUCGGUCACCUUCCCUGCUGGUAGUCCGCAGCAGGCCUUUGUUGUCAUGAGCAAUCAAAAGACUGACAGUGCUUGUUCAGCUGCUGUCCAGGCAGCCGUUCCUAUAACUCAGAGCAACACUGUGCAAGCUGCUUCUGCAGUACUGUCCCACGUUUGCCCACGGUGUGGCGCUCAGUUCAAGAUGAUCGAGGCACUACGAGGACAUAUGUGUUUCUGCUGUCCAGAUAUGACUCGUACUGUGAGCACAAGCAAUAUUGCACCUGCAGCAAAACCUCAAACGGUUCAGGACAAAAGCUUCUCCAUGCAAAUAAAGAGCGAAAGCAUGGAUGUCGGUCCAGAAGAGACCCAGUCCAAGAUUGUUAUGUUGGUAGAUGACUUCUACUAUGGAACCUUUGAGGGAAAUCGAGUUUAUGUGCCCACGGACAACUUAAAAGAGCCUAUAUCAUUCAAAUGCUUCACCUGUGGAAAGAAGCUGAAGAACAAUAUCAGGCUCAUGAACCACAUGAAGUUUCACAUGGAUGUGGAGCAGCAGACUGGUGAGGUGGACACACACACAUCCUGCCCGCACUGCUUCCGCCAGUUCCCAACACCAUUUCGCCUUCAGUGCCACGUGGAGAGUGUCCACAGUGCUUCAGAGUCGACUUCGAGAUGUAAAAUCUGUGAGUGGGCCUUUGAGAGCGAACCUAUUUUCCUGCAACACAUGAAGAACACUCACAAACCUGGCGAGAUGCCAUAUGUCUGCCAGGUGUGUCAGUAUCGAUCUUCAUUCUACUGUGAUGUGCAUAAUCACUUCCGCACAUGGCAUGAGGAUACACGUUAUCUGCUGUGUGUUUACUGUCUAAAGGUUUUUAAGAACUCCAGUAGCUACCAGCUACACUUCAGUCGUCAUCAGAAUUCAACAGUCUACAACUGUAACAAAUGUCGACUUCAGUUUCUCUUCACAAAGGAGAAGGUUGAGCAUAAAGUCAAUCACCAUAAGACGUUCCGUAAGCCAAGUCAACUAGAAGGGCUUAAGGCUGGAACUAAAGUAACUAUAAGGGCUUAUGCAGGGCAGAAAAAAAUUGCAAGCCAGAUGCCUUCUAAGGCCAGUAAAGAUCCCUCUGAGAGGAACGUAAACCCUGCUCUGCAUGUCCAAGCUUCAACACAGAAAUUACUGGUCCCACAAAGCAGUGGUACUGGGAAGAAACAGGUCAGAAAGAUGUAUGACUUUCUAUCCAAGUUCCAGGAGCACAGAGCACUGUUGGGGAGACAUAAGUGUGUGGAGUGCACCUUUGACAUCCCAGACUUUGCCAAUCACUAUCCUACAUAUGUCCACUGCUCCUUAUGCCCUUAUAGCACAUGCUGUUCCCGUGCAUAUGCUAACCACAUGAUCAACAAUCAUGUUCCGGGUAGAGCUCAUAAAGCUCGUUCAAAAAGGACAUCUCUAAGCUGGUUAAGGCUUACAUGUGAAUGCUGCAGCUACAAGACCAGUCAAGGAGACUUGAUGGCUAAGCACCUUGUCCAGUUCCCUAGUCACUCUUACAGUAUCUUCACUCUGAAAGAGUGUCUGGAGACUGAUAUUGAGUUCUGCCAGGUUGAGGAGGAGGUGGAGGGUCCACAAGUGGAAGGAGCUAGUGAUGUUGUGGCAAAGCCUGACUGGUUGUCCAUGGAGCACUGGAGGGUUCCAAGUGAUGGAGGAUCUGUGCCAGAGUUCACAGACAGCUAUGGGCCCCAGCAUUUCAUGGCCAAGAGCAGCGAUGUCCUUGACUACUUCCAACUAAUCUUCCCUGACAGCCUCAUAGACUUAAUUGUGUGUGAGACCAAUAUUUUUGCCAAAUAUCAACACUCUAUUGGCAGAGGGCACCCCACCUGGCAUCCUCUCACAAAUGAGGAGGCAAAGGGCUUCAUAGGCCUCUGUAUCCUGAUGGGCUUGCAGUCUCUUCCAGAGCCAGAAAUGUACUGGUCUUGGGAGCAUUACCAUAACUGUUGCAUCUUCUACAGAACCAUGUCUGCCACACGCUUCAAGCAAAUCAGCUCUCACAUUCGGAUGAGCAGCAUGCUUGCAGAGGAGAAUGAUCACAGUAUGAACAAACUGUCCUCCUUCCAGCCCCUGUUGAAAAUUUUGGAGAUGAACAUGCAGAUGGCCUACAAACCAAACAAAUAUUUGACUAUUGAUUGUGCCUUGCUGCCAGCCCAGGAGAAGGGAACCUAUGGGGAAAAAUGUAGAAACUCUCAGCCACAAAUAUGGCUUUUGUGUGACUCCAAGUCUGGUUACUGUCACAAACUGCUGAUCCUGACCCAACAGGAAAAGAACAGAGACUUGGGAAGUUUGGUUGUGCCUAACCUCAUGGCAGGCCUUGAAGGAAAGCAUCAUCAAAUUUUCAUAUCCAGCCUGUUAGUAAGUGUCCCCCUCAUGAAGGAGUUAGAAAAGAAGAGCAUAUACUGCUCCAGCUCCAUCCCCGCUCAUAGCCCAGUCCUUCCUAGAGAUGUCUGGGAUCAGCCUGCAUUGGAGAGCCCUGGAUCAUUCGUUCAAUUUGAGUACCCCCCACUGCUGCUUACCAGGUGGAAAGAUGCAAAAGAGAUGGUCUGCCUUUCAACAAAUGCUGUGGCUGGCCAACCAGAUACAGUUUGGAGGAGGUCCACCACAAAGGUAGGUGAGCUCUCCACCAUCUCAAGACCUCUGGCUUUUAAGCUCCUUCAGGAUAACAUGCGUGGUGUGGACAUUUGCAAACAGCUGCUGGCUUGCAACCAGCUAGGUGGCUUGGUCCUGGACACAAACUGGCGGCAGCUGUUUUGGUUCCUUGUCAACUUGAGCAUCAUAAACUCUUUCAUUGUACUACGAGAGACUCGGAAAGGCAACCCACCCACGUGGCUUCAGGGUGGCCACUUCUCACAGGCCAGCUACCGUAGACGUCUGGGAUACCAGCUUGCCAAAUGUGCUGAAAGACAAGCUCUCCAAAAGCAAAUGAACAAGGACCGAUUUCAUCAACAGAGAUAUGAAGGUAGUAAAGAAGAUACCAGUACUUUUGAGGUGGUCAGGCACCGUUUAGCCAAAAUUACUUUUAGGACCAGAAGAUGUAAGAGUUGCAACCUAAAGAAUCGGCGCCAUGAGAGUGUGUAUGGCUGCACUGCAUGUCGUGUCAACCUGUGCAAGGGUUCCUAUUGCUUCUGGGAUUUCCAUGGUUUCUCUGCAAAUUUCAAAGGUAACCCCAAAACUGGAUUUGUGGAGCAUAACAGGCAAUAUCUUCAGCCUAUCCUGAACUCCAGUACUUUCGGAAGCUUUCCCCAUGGAUCUUCAAUGGAUGUCUCUGCUACAUCAUUGGAGGACACCUCUAGAGUGGAAGAAGACCUUGAUCAGGAGAUGGCCCCCGUGGAUUUAUCAGAUUCAGAUUUGGAGAUUGACGACAGUAGUCAGCAGAAGGCCCUUAAGACAGAAGAUGGAUACAAAGUCAGCAAGCCUACUCCAAAACCUAACUCAACAAAAACCACAAAGGAAAGAGAGGAGACACUGUCUGUGCGGCAGCUACGGAUCCUGCUUUUUGCAUUGUGCUCUGGGAUCCAUAAAGCAGCCAAAGAAAUGGACACUAAGCCUCAGCUCAUUAGAGCCUGGCUUCGUGACAAAGAGAAAAGACUGAACGAUGAGAGUCUUGGCACUUACAGCAGUGGAGAGGCUGUUGACAAUUUGGUGGAAUGGGUGUUAGUUGAACGUGAGCAGCAACAUCCCAUUAGUGAGAAGAAUCUAUUUCAAAAAGCUUCAGAGAUCCACAGUCAAACUACUCAGAGCAGUUCCUUCCGCAUCUCGUAUGAGUGGGCAGUGAACUUUAUGCUUCGGCACAAGCUUGCCCUGCACAGUGUUAUGUCCAGUUGCCAGCUUCCACGCAGCAUGGAGGAAAGCUGCCUCCAUUUCAUUGAGUUUGUUCACAGACAGAUUAAAAUGCACAGUAUUCCUCUUUCUACUAUUGGCGCCAUGGAUGAGCUUUCUGUUUUUGUUGACUUUGAUGUGCUUGUUGAAAGUUCAACCACAUCCAAAGAGACAGUCUUUCGCUUAGAAGGUACUGGGAAACCUUGCAUAAACAUUUACCUUGCAGUACUGGCGGAUGGCACGAUGUUGCCAACAAUGCUGUUUUUUAAAGGCACCCCUUUAGAGAAUAUUAGCAAAGAGCUACCAGACUCGGUUCUACUUGAGGCAAGAGCUGAGGGUUUUUCUGAAAAAGAAGAGCUUGAGCUGUGGACUGCUCGUGUAUGGCGACAGCAUUUACGCUCCCAGAAUAGGGAUAAGGCCAUGCUAGUUAUGGAUGGCCAUCAUGGUCACAUGUCUGAAGACUUCCUGUCUACUAUGAGUGGCACCAAAACAUUACCUAUCAUAAUUCCAUCUGGGUGCACUAGCCAGUGUCAGCCUUUGGAGAUGUGUGUACGUCCUGUGCUGCAGAAGUUCUUGCUAGCUCGUUGGUCUCAGUUGGCAGAAAAGGGUAGAGUAGCAGAGGUCAAGGCAGCAGAUCUGGUUUGGCAACUUGUGGCUUGGCUAGAGGAGGCUCUUGCUGCUUGUAGAAGGACUGAGCUGAUUGAGUAUUCAUUCUUCUUUUCUCAUGUGAUUACUAAGCAAAAAGAAGAUAAGAAGGAAGCUAUUACACAGUUGGAGUUGAUGAAAAUGCUGACAGAAGCCAUGCUUGGAACAGAGGCAGCAGACCCUAAGCCACUAGCAGAGGAACAGUCCACAGAGAGCAAUGAUGGUGUAAUGGAGACAAUGAAAAAUGCAUUAUGCAAAGAGUCACACUCAAAGGAGGAUGUUGAAGUAGCAGAGAGACAAAUAGUUGAUGAAAUUCAUGUUGAAUCCAGAACAGUGACAGAGAGUAAUAGGACUGAACAACAAGCACAGGAAGGGAUGAAUAAAGAUUUGGAGACAUCCAGUGAGACUUCAAAAAGUUGAUUUUCCCUUCGCCCUUAUGUCAGUCACAAGCCCUACCCAAGAUUAUUAAGAAAGCGAAGCAUUUAGAGCCAUAUUUAGACCUUGACUGAAACCCAGCUAGAUGUUGGACUCAACGGCUAGUCUGCUGUUUGUUUCUUCAAAAGGACAUUACCAUAUCAUACCGUAUCACAUUACACAAAUGUAAAAGAAUCAGUAAAUGCUGUCUAAAGAUUUAAUAUAUCUGUUUAAUUUCACAACAAGGCCACUUGCAUGACUAAUAACUUAUCUAAUAUUGUAGGGUGAAAUGUAAUCUUUAAAACCUGAAAAAUUUAGAAAAUGUAGCUCUUCAUUUCUUCACACAAGCUGCAUUAACUGAAGAUAUUCAUAGGUGAUUGUGACUGGUGGGGGGGGGGGUUGUUUUUUGUUUAUUAAUUUAUAAUUUUAAUAAUAUACAUUCUUAAAGAAAAAAGACUCACUCCGAAAUUGUUGCAAUUUUCAUUUGUGUUUAUUAAAUGAUAUGUCUGGUACAUAAGUGUUUAAUUUCAUCCACUCAGGUAAAAGUGGUUGUCAUUGCCUUUAUGUCUCAGUGAUGCUGAAGUGAUGGUAAUAAUGGAUUUGGAUACAUUUGUGUACUUUACAAAGCAGAAUUUUACACUUGCCUUAGAAUAACUACAAUGCCAACUGCAAACUGGGGGAAUAGGGAAGGUGGGAUCCCCCCCCAAAAAAUAUGGUUUAUGCUAUGUUGAAUUAAGACAUGACAUCUUAACUCAUCUUGUUAGAGUUGAAUUAAAAUCUUUAAGAGCAGGGUACUAAAUACUUUGCUCAGUUAUGUGUGUAUAAGUAGAGUUUUGGAUUUGUGCUUUUCUGACACUUUUUUUAUUCUUAAUGCUUGCAUGUAUUUCUGAGUAAAGUAAUUAUUUUUUGAAUUAUUUACAUUCGUCAUUCGCGUUUAGUUACUAGUUCUUAUGUGUGUUUCAGUAUGUUCUGUUGAAGACACCACUUGGAGUGGUUACAAAUGGUCACACCUCUCGCCUUUGAGCUUUAUUUUACAUUAUACUAUUACAAAAACCAAGAAAGAUGCCUAACUACAGCUUCUGUGCUAAUAGAUGUUGGUACUAAGAAAUAUGUUUAAAUUUCUUAAUUUCAACAUUAAUAACUAAAUUUGCAUCGAUGAUUUUUAUUAAUCACUUGUAUCGAAUCUUCUUUUAAUCCAUAUAACUAUAUACGAUAUUAAUAUGCCCCAUUGUGCCUUGUGCGAAAUAUGUGCAAAACGGCCAUGAGGCCGAAAACAGAUUCAGUAGCUUAAUACUAGGCUCGCUAACAACAAAAAUGCGCGAACAUACCAAAACAACAUUAAAGCGAGGUGUUAUUGUAUUGCUUCUACUUCUAAGGACGAGAGGAUAAUAUGAAGAAGCCAAAUGUGACUUUUUUUAAGUUUGCGUAUUUUCUCAGUAAGCGACGGGGAGGCUGUGAAUAAGAUCCCAGAAACCAGUAUCUUCAUAGCAGUAAGGUCGAGCAUGUUCUAUUGAAGACGGUAGACGAAUAUGUUUACUUAAAAGCCGACAUCGAGUUUUGCCAGAGUCCGAACAGUCCGUACCAUCAUCCUUGGGUUAUCACUGCAGUGACAGGAGAGUUUCACACAAUAGGGUUAUCGUGCAUGACCCGAGAGGUCAUGUAGUCCUCUCACUGCUAUUUUACGGAAGGUUAGCUUGCAAAGUAGCUAGUUCACUAACCGUCAGAAUGUUGAAUUGUACUGGAGCGAUUUCUCAUGUUUAUUGGCAGAUACGUCGAAUUUUACGUUUUUAAUCUAUGUAGUAGGCAUUAUAGUAAAUGGACUGGGGUAAGAUGCAUUACAUUCAGUUUUAUUUGGAACGAAUUAAUGAAUAUAUAAUGAAAAUAUACUGUUAGGGGAUAACCUGGAGAAAUAAUAAAUUCCUCCAGAUACACUGGAGAAAUAAAUUGCUCUGUGUUCUGAUAAAUCUAUCGUUAGCUACUGUUUUCAAAAACUACUUUCACACAAAUGUUGAUGCCCACUGAUUGUCCUGUAAAGGUUAGGGAAAGAAGCAAAUUACUUGUUUGGUUUAUAUUUUUCAGUCUGUAAACACACAUCAAUGUGAAAACACAUCAAUAGUUUGGUGUAUAAACGAAACUAUUCUGUGUUUGCAAUUCUUAUCAAGAAUCACUUAGCAUCAUUACACCAGAUUUGUCAAAAUUAACGAUUCCGUUCACACACGGAUGUUCUGCACGUCUUUAAGAAAAACACGUGAAAAAUGUGGAUAUCUUUUUUUUUUUAAUUUAAUGUAAUUAAUUUAUUAAAUUAAUAUGGCACUAAAAUAUACUAAAGUAUGU